AUAUCAAAGCGCGUAAGCUGAAAUUUUCGAUCUAUAUGUAUAUAUGUACUCAUCUUUCACUCCGACUUCAAAAGCUUAUCCGUCACCAUCUCUCCUUCACGCUACAAAAGGCUCCAUUUCAAUUCAACUUUAAAGCUUUUUCAUAUUUCACACCUCAAAACUCUCUCUCUCUCUCUCCGAGUAAAUAAAUCAUUCAACACAACCAAUGAAGGUAAUCAAAUUCAUGCUCAAUCUCUGCAUUGCAACUCUGUUCAUCGCAACAGGUUUCUCUUCAGCUCUCAAGGAGGGACAAACAUGCGUCGCAGACCGAAACUGUGAUGCAGGCCUGCAUUGCGAAACCUGCGUUGCCAAUGGAAACUUUCGGCCGAGAUGUACUCGAAUCCAACCAUUGAUUCCAACUUCAAAGGUGAAGGGAUUGCCGUUUAAUCGGUAUUCGUGGCUAACGACGCACAAUGCGUUCGCUCGAUUAGGAGAGAGGUCCGAAACGGGGGCUGUGAUUUUGUCUCCGAAGAACCAACAGGACACCAUUACCGAUCAGCUCAAUAAUGGUGUUAGAGGGUUGAUGCUUGAUAUGUAUGACUUCGAAAAUGAUAUCUGGCUAUGUCACUCCUAUGGCGGCAACUGCUACAACUACACAGCUUUUCAACCUGCCAUUAACGUUUUGAAAGAGAUUCAAGCGUUUCUGGAAGCAAACCCUUCUGAAAUCGUCACCAUAAUGAUCGAAGACUAUGUUGCAUCUCCAAAGGGCCUAACAAAGGUGUUUGAUGCUGCUGGCCUAAGGAAAUUCUGGUUUCCAGUAUCCCGGAUGCCAAAAAAUGGUGAAAAUUGGCCAACAGUUGAUGAUAUGGUGCGGCAAAAUCAGCGUUUAGUAGUUUUUACUUCAAAAUCUUCUAAGGAGGCUUCUGAAGGGAUUGCAUAUGAAUGGAGGUACCUGGUAGAAAACCAAUAUGGUAAUGGUGGGAUGAAAGCUGGUUCUUGUCCAAACCGUGCAGAAUCACCUUCUAUGAACACAAAAACGAGGUCUCUAGUCCUAAUGAACUAUUUUCCCGAUGCUCCAGAAGUAACCCAAGCUUGCAAGCAUAAUUCAGCUCCAUUAAUUAGCAUGAUGAACACUUGCUAUGAAGCAGCUGGUAAACGAUGGCCCAAUUUCAUUGCAGUUGAUUACUACAAGAGAAGUGACGGAGGAGGAGCACCUGAAGCUGUAGAUGUCGCCAGUGGGCAUCUAGUUUGUGGGUGCAACAAUAUUUCCUUUUGCAAGGAAAAUGUUACUUUCGGAACAUGUGACGCACCGGAGGCUGCUGUUGCUCCCUCGGCAACAGGACAGAUAUUCAGCUCUGCUGGUUCGGAUGGCAGACCAGUUCAGCUACAGUGGUUGUUUGGGACGGUAUUGUUCGCUAUCAUAACAUGGAACUUAUAACCUAAUUUAAUUAUGUUUUCACUUUAUCUUCAUUAGGAACGCAUCAGAAAAGACAUACAACUAACGGAAUAUGCUCAUUUGGAUUUGUUUAUAAUGGGUGUCAUGUUCAUUGUUUAUUGUUUUUUGUUUUUUUAAAUUAGUUAUUUUUAUUUAUUGUGGCAAUAAAUAAACAUAGAGGGCAUUUUUUAAAUUCCCAAUGUUUGUUUAUUUGGAUUAUUAGGGGAAGGUUCAAGUGUGGUGGGUUAUUG